CAAGUGAGCCCAGGAUACCAGUUCAGUUCUUUAGGAAACAGAGUUAAGUCACCAAGUGCUGAGAAGGACUCCACCACCCUGCAGCCUUUAUGGGACAGGAAGGAAAAACCAGAAGAACUGAUGGACACACAGAAAGUCUCUUAUACCAAGACCCCAAGGGAGAAUUUCCAGCAGAAAUCUAGCCAACUUUUCUGGGGCCUCCCUUCUCUGCAUAGCGAGUCCUUGGGGGCUGCUGCAUGGAUCCCUCAGAGCUCUUCUGUGCUAGAGUCUCCCUUCUUCUUAUUUAAUGGAGUCACUCAUGUUUGCCCAGUUCCAGUGCAAGCUAAAAUGUCUCCUGUGCACUCCAUGGUCUCUUCCCUGUCAUACCUGGAGUCCCCAUCUCCACCUUUAAUGCUGUCCCUAUCCAAAUUCCAGUGUGCAACUGUGGGCCAGGUCCAGAUGCAGCCUCAUCUGCCAUUCUCUACCCAAGUCAAAUCACCUGCAUCUCUACGGGUCAUUAGCGAUUGUGAGCCAACUUGCUUGCAGCCCCACAAUAUGCCCAACCCUUCCAUCCCCACUGAAACUCAAUACCUGAAAAAGUCCUCUAUGUGGAAAAAACUGAAGAGUGGGUCAUUUUUACCCUUGAUGGGCCAAAGACCUCAAGAGGUCCAUAAUGUAUGUACUCCCGGCCCAUGCCAACACUGGGUGGUGUCGUCUAUCCUUCCUGAGAACUUUCCCGUCAGCCCUGAGGCCCGAGAGCAACUAGAACACCACCUGCAGACCUGGCUCAUCCAACACCGGUGGGAACUUCCCCGCAGGAUCCAAGAGUCUUUGGAAGUGAUGCAACACCAGGACAAACUGACAAAAGCAAGCCAGGCCCACCUCAAACCUGGGCCGUCGCGAUCCUCUGGGUCGUCCACUGAACACGCACAGGUGAUCCCCAAAGUGAGGUUCCAGCUAAGGAAGGAGUCAGGGAAGAAUUUGGCUCAGAUUCUAGGAAAGGUCCCCAAAGGAGAUGUAUCCAGGGGGCUGGAAAGAUACCCAGUGAAUUCUCAGGGGGCAACCUCUGCAGAAUCAGAAAACAAUCUAGUCAAAUGCUUGAAGACAGACUCAAAAAGUGGCUCCCUGGGAAACACAGACAGGAAUGAAGAAAGCAUCCUGAAGACCCACGUGGGCACAAAGUCAGCUCAGAUCAAACGCGGUCUGUUCCCCUUGACUUUGCGUCGGUCGUGGCUUGCUGUGAACUGUGGCGUUUCUGUGUCUGAGCCCCACACGGACACCGGCUAUUUAGCAUCUUCAAAGAGUUCAGACAAGUCCGUGAGGACCUCCCAGCUUCUGCCCUUUCUGGAUACACACACUCGAGAGGUCCUAGAGGCACAUAUUGUAAAGUUCUGGCUGAAGCACUGCUGGGGUCUCCCUCUCAAGGUGAUUAAGCCCGUGAAGCUCCUUAAAUGGAGAAAGGCUCAUCUCCUGGCCCUUCCACUGUGUGCACCCCCUACUUCGUCCCCCCGUGUGUCUGGGGCCCACCCAGCAGCUGAACUUGUCCCGUUCCUAGGGAAACCAUCUCAGGCAUACCUCACAGAGGUAGUCUUGGAUGAAUCACCCUCCUCUUCCUCAUUAGGGAGCCUUGUUCUUGUCCCUUCUCCAUCUUGUCCGGAGAUCAAGAGAGCUCUGAUGGGGAGCCCAUCUGCUGACGAACGUGGACUUUUAAAUACCGCUCCAUCCCAACAUGAAAGCAGGUGCCCUUUAGCAACUGUCAAAUAUAACCAAAUGGGCCAAGCCAGUCAAUCCAGGACCGUCCUAGAGACAGGGCAAGAGAAACCAGAAGUCUCUCUCCUGCCUGCAAGGUCUGUUUCCCCAUAUCCAAGGGAACCAGCCGAAACAGGAGUUGUUAGUGAAUGUGAAUGCCGAUCACUUAGUCUUGAAGUAGGAGCUGCAAGGCAGUUAGGACACGGAGCACCAGAUGUUCAUGCAGGGGUGGUUCAUCAGUGUGAACAUCCAAAGCCUCAUCUUCAUGGAGAAGUUCUGAGUCAAUGUGAAUGCCGAUCACCUAGCCUUGAAGCAGGAGCUACGAGGCAGUUAGGACACAGAACACAGGACCUUCACGUGGGGGUGGUUAGUCAAUGUGAACAUCCAAGGCCUCAUCUUCAUGGAGAAGUUGUGAGUCAGUGUGAAUGCCGAUCACCUAGCCUUGAAGCAGGAGCUACGAGGCAGUUAGGACAUGGAGCACAGGAUCUUCACGGGGGGGUGGUUAGUCAAUGUGAACAUCCAAGGCCUCAUCUUCAUGGAGAAGUUGUGAGUCAGUGUGAAUGCCAAUCACCUAGCCUUGAAGCAGGAGCUGCGAGGCAGUUAGGACAUGGAGGACAGGAUCUUCACGGGGGGGUGGUUAGAGUGGUUAAUCAAUUUGAACGUCAAAAGCCUAGCCUUCAUGCAGAAGGUGUGAGUCAGUUUAAAUGUCGAUCAUGUUGCCAUCAUGCAGAUGGUGAGAGUCAGUUUGAUCGCGGAACUCCCAGCCUUCCAGCGGAAGUUGGCAGGGAAUUUGAACACCGAGCACCAAGCCUUCAAGGAGGGGCUGUUAGUAAAUUUGUUCCCCGAGCCCCCAGCGUUCCAGCACAAGCUGGUAGAGAAUUGGAACCCCAAGUGGAGAUGAAGCUGGCAGCGAAGCCUCAACGCUAUGGCCCUGAGGAACUCCUCCCACACUGUUCUAGGGCCCUGCUCCUUGCUGCUCAUGGAGGGACCUCACAGCGCAUACGGGAGCCUGUGAUCGUGUGGGGCAGCGACGAGCUAACCCAGCAGAAACCCAGUGUCCCAAAGCAGCAGGACUCACAGAAGGGCCCAAGCAAGGCACUGGCCCCUAUGUACCAGGGUGAUGAGAAACUGAAUGCAGACCUGCGUGAAGAAAGGGCCAAAGUACAGAAGACGUCCAAGUUCACCCAGGCCAAGGGACAAGAAAACACUGUUCAGAAAAAAUCCCAUUGGCCUCUUCCCAACACCCAACAGGCUCCUGCAAAAAGUCCUUUCCAAAGAAUGAUGCACCGCUUUCUUCACUGGAUUUUACCCAAGAAAUCAAUCAAAGCCCAGGUAGAGCCCCCAAAGAAAGGCAAGCCUCCAUCAACCACCGUAAAGAGCCAGAGACAAGUGAAGAAGCCACAAGUAGACAGCAACGUUGCUGAAGCUCAGAAGCUCAUGGCGACAGUGGGCCAGAUCCUAGAGAAGAAAAUGAUUCAGCAAAGUAAACUGUGUACGCCCAAGACCAAUCAGCCCAAAGAGCCUCCUCCACCCCCAGUCUGUCCUCACCCCCUCUGCCAAAGCCCUCCCUCCUCCUCAGAACGAAAGAGAUUGCCCAGCCACCUAGCCGCACCCUGCUCCCAGAGGUAUCCAGUCCAGGAAAGGCAUGUUGGGGGCCAAGGGUCCUUGAAAAGUGUGCGGUUCACCAAAGAGCAGCAGAGCUCACAGCAUCCCCACCUCAAGCUCACCAACGAGGCUCCCCUAGUGAGUCCCUCUAAGCAAGGGACCAUUGUGCCAGGGGCCUCAAAUCACCAUCAACGCUGUCCAAGGCACUGUGUGAAUCAGACAAGUGUCUUAUAUAAUCUUUUAGAAAAUUCCACAUUUUUUACGAGUGGGAAAACGUACUUGAAAGAAAAUGUCUAG